AUGGCUGACUAUCUGAAGUCUGCAUUAAGCUAUUUCGCCACCUCAAACACUACUAAAAAUGAAAAUGAAUUUCUUGGCAGUAGUAUAUCUGUCGGGCAACUAAGUUUAAAAGUUAAGAGGAUCAUUGCUGAAGGUGGCUAUGGAAUAGUUUAUGAAGCUCAAGAUGUCAAUGAAAAUACAUCAUAUGCGUUAAAGCGUAUGCUCGCUCACGACAAACCUUCAAUGGAUUUAAUUCUUCAUGAAGUUCGUUUACUGAAACAAUUAAACGGACAUCCAAACAUCCUUAAGUUUUUUAGUGCAGCAUCUGUUGGUAAAGAGAAAAUGAAGGUUAUUGGUACUGAGUUCUUAAUAGUCACAGAGUUUUGUAAAGGGGGUCAGUUGGAUAAAUAUUUACCGGCAUCAAAAUGUGAAAAUCCCCUGCCAUCGAACGUUAUCUUACAAAUAUUUCAUCAAUGUUGUCGUGGUGUACAACAUAUGCAUAGUCAAUGUCCACCUGUGAUACAUCGAGAUUUGAAAAUUGAAAAUCUAUUACUUACUGAUAAUUUUAUCAUAAAGUUAUGCGAUUUUGGUAGUGCAACUACAAUUACAUAUAGUCCAGAUCAAUCAUGGACUGCUUUAAAACGUGGAAGUGUUCAAGAAGAACUGGAGCGUUUCACAACACCAAUGUAUCGGGCUCCAGAAAUGCUUGAUCUUUACCAAAAUUAUCUUAUUGGUACUCCAUCGGAUAUUUGGGCUUUAGGUUGUAUAUUAUUUUAUUUAACAUGUACUUAUCAUCCAUUUGAGGAUUCAUCGAAAUUGGCUAUUCUCAAUGCUAAUUAUAGUAUACCGGCAUCAAUAAGUUCAGUGAAUGCACCAUUUUGCAGUUUAAUUCGACAAUUACUUCUCAUAAAUCCAUCUCAACGUCCUAACAUAAAUGAAAUUCUUGGUGAGUUAUCUGAAUUGGCGUCUAUGAGAGAAGUUCGAGUAAGUGGUUCUAUUCCUCUGUUGGAAGAAGUUGCUAAAAGACGUAAUGUAAACGUUACAGCUAAUCCUACAAGCCAGCCAAUCAAUCGUAAUGAUCCUAAAGUUAGUGAUUAUCAUCCGAGAUCAAUGCAUUCAGAAAAUAAUGUUGUUACAAAUCCACAACCGUCAUCUAAUAAACCAUCUAGACCCAAUCCUCCAACAUUGCCCUCACAACAAAAAUUAAAUCCAACAGUUAGUUUUAAUCCACCAUCAUCAUUGUCAUCAUCGUCAACAGUAGUCAUAACAACUCAAGCACCUACAGUUAAUCAAAUUUCAAGUAAUCAACAAUUAUCCAAUCAAUCUAUGAGUAAUAUGCUUGGUAUGAUUAAAGGAGGCGCUGGCAAUUUAAUUCGUAAUAUACGAGAUGCAUCAACUAAAGUUAUUGGGACUGUUUCUACCACGUUGAAUACAGAGCUUGAUUUCCAGUUUAUCACUUCACGUAUAGCAGUUACAUCUUUCCCCAUUGAAAGUGGAUUUGAAGUGCUUGCCAAUGUGAAUUCCAUGGAAGAAAUGCAAAAUAUGCUAGAUGCACGUUUUUCAGAUGCUUAUGCCGUUUAUAAUCUUAGUAAUCGUCCAUAUCGUUCAGAUCAUUGGUUUCAUGGUAGAGUAUCACAUCGUGGUUUCGAAGCACACCGUGCUCCAGCGCUAAAAUCAUUAAUUGAAUUAUGCUUAAAUGCAAGGUUAUGGUUAGCUCAAAAAUCGAACAAUAUUUGUGUUAUACAUUGUACCGAUGGUAAAACAUUGUCCGCAGUACUAGCAUGUUCCUUAUUAUGCUUUUGUCGGGUAUUUGAUAACGCGUCACCUGCAAUUCAAUUGUUUGCAUCGAAACGUGGCAAUCCUGGCUUGAAUGCAUCACAGAUUAGAUAUAUCAACUAUGUAGCUCAGUUAAGUCAUAAUCGUGUAUUUACACCUCAUCAUUUCCCAUUGAAUCUUAUCAGUUUGAUAAUUGCACCGGUACCAACAUUUAAUAAAUCCAAAAAUGGAUGUCGACCGUAUGUGGAAAUAUUUGAAGGAAAGACCAAAGUAUACUCAACUUACGCAGAAUACGAUAAUUUAAGAUCCUAUGUUCUUGAAGAUGGAAAGAUCCAAAUACUUUUGAAUGGAUUAACUGUCUUAGGUGAUCUUACAGUUAUCAUUUAUCAUUGUCGAUCUUCAUUUGCUGGACGUGGCAAGAUCAGUUCAGUGAAGAUCGCUCAGUUUCAAUUACACACUGGAUUUGUAGAACAUAAUUUAACAGAACUAAUUUAUUUUAAAUCCGAUUUAGAUCAUCUAGAUAAUAGUAGCAGCUUUGCCGGUUUCACUAGUCGUUAUGCUGAAAGUUUUCAUGUUACAUUGGAAUUUAUGGUUUCACCAACUGAAAGACCAAGACAGAGUGACAAUCUUGUUUAUCCGUGGGAAACUUUGCCAUCAAAUGAUCUACUUAGUCCUAAACUCUGUGUAUCAAAUCAUGAUGAACUGAAAAAUAUCUUAUCUGAUUACGGCCGUUUUAAUCAUAAACCAUCAACUCGAAUGUAUGAAAAAAAUAGUUUAGAACCUAAUCAAUCAAAUAAUCCAUCAGAAAAAGAUUGUAUAACCACUAAUAUUAAUAGCGAUGAAUCAUGUAAUUCAACAAACCAGUCCACUACAAAUUUGUUUACUACUACUCAUACCAUCGGUGGUAGUACGGUUAAUUUAAAACAAAAUACAGAAAUUAAUGAUAUUUUAGUCUCAGACUUAAUCAAUGAUAAUGACAUGCCAAAGAAUCAUAAUUAUACUUAUUCAUCAACUUCUUCUGAUCAUUCAAAACAGAUUAACUACAAUUUAUUAAGUGAUAAAUUCUGUGGGGAUUUUUUUUCGUCGUCCAAGAAUCAAGAUAAUAAUAUGGAGGCAAGUUCUGAUAACCUGCUUGGAUUCCAUGUGGAAUCUUCAUUUCCAAACACUGACAAUGCUGCUACUUCUCCCACUUCUUCUAAUACUGAUGAUCAUAUUUUAAUUGAUGUAGCACAGAAUCCUUUCGUAAUUUAUAAUAAAAAUUCACUAGAUGAAAUUAUUACUUCAUCAACAACUAGUCAGCAUAGUAAUUCAGAUGAUUUGAAACAAACUGAUCAAAAAUCAUUUGUUGAUGAUUUAUUUAAUUUCAACUCAUCUAUUGAAGUCAAUUCAAAAACUGAUCUCGGUUGGGAGAAUUUAUUUGGUAUCACGUCAUCAGAAAGCACAAAGACCACUACUAUCAUCACCACUAGCCAAAGUACUACUACAAACAACAUUGGCUUAUCCAAUAAUCCUUUUGAUCCAUUUGGUAUAGCCACAUCAGAAUUAUCUGAUUUCUUUUCAGUACCAAAUUCUUAUAUAUCAAGUGAAAACAACUCGACUACUACCACUACUAUCAUCCUUCCUGAUAAAACUACCGCUACUAACUAUUCUCCUCCUCCAACUACUAAUACUAAUACUACUACUAGCAAAGAUUACUUUGGACAACAAGGUGGUCAUUUAAGUGCCAGCGCCAGUGCUAAUAAUUUAAAUCCGCUUUUCGCAUCAGCUUCUUUUACAAAUUUGUCUCCUAACGUUGAAACUAUCCCAGACAAGACUACUAACACAGCAACUACUACUACUGGCAUCAAGAAUCAUGAUCGCCUAGAUCCAUUUGCAGAUUUUGCUGAUGUACUUCGAGAUCGAUUAAAUAAUCAAACUUCUUCCAGUACAAAUGCUACAAAUAGUGAUAAUACAUAUACGCCACCAUCAUCAAAUAGAUCAUCCACAAACUUAGGUGGUUUUUCUGCUGGUCCCAGUCCAGCACAUAAUUUUAAAUCUAGUAUCGACUCAAAGUUUAUGAACAACUCUUCAAAUUAUAAGGAAAGUCCUGAUAAUUUAUUCCAUGGUUAUGAGAAAUCUAGUCAAUCGUAUUCUUCCUACUCCAAUUUUCCUAAUACUACUACUUCUGGAUCUACAUCAAUACCAACUAGUGGAGGAACUGGUGCUAGACCUCAUGUUAAUAAAGAUGCAUUUUCUGAUUUACUCGGUGGAUUUGGUUCUUCUCGAACAAACAACACAGAUGAUAAUAAACAACCGAAAACAGUAAAUCAGAUUCGUCGUGAAAAGAUGGCUAAAACGGUCGAUCCAGAACAAUUGAAAGUCUGUGAUUGGGCUGAGGGUAAAGAUCGAAAUCUUCGAGCAUUAUUAUGUUCACUACCGGCCAUAUUAUGGGAUGGAGUACAAUGGAAUCAUGUUGGUAUGGCUGAUCUAAUAACGCGUGAACAAGUUAAACGUCAGUAUCGGAAAGCUGCUCGUGUAGUUCAUCCUGAUAAGUGGAUGAGUACAUCACACGAGAAUAUCGCACGUCUAGUAUUCGUUGAAUUAAAUGA